AUGGCAGACAAACACGAGUCCAAGGGUCUUACAUUGACCGUCCUAGGCGCAGGAACAAUGGGCAUAGCCAUCAUGGGCGGCGUCAUGUCCUCGCUCGCCUCUGCCAAAACCGCCGCCGUCGUCUCCCCCUCCUCCACUAAGAAACCCACACCCAACCUCUCCAACUUCAUCGCCUGCGACCAAUGGGCGCCCGCCGAAGAAAACGUCCGCAAAGCCCUGGGCCACUACGCCUUCCCGCUGCAAACCCUCACAAACCAGAACCUCAAGGGCGUCCAAGAAGCCGACAUCAUCCUGCUGUCGUGUAAACCCCACGGCUACAAGCAGAUUCUCGGCGAGCAGGGCAUGCUCGAUGCGCUCAAGGGCAAAGUCCUCGUCAGUAUCCUCGCGGGUGUGACGCAGCAGCAGCUCGAGACCUUCUUGUACCCAGAGGGCGCGCACAAGGUCGAGGGCGCAUGCCGAGUGGUGCGCGUCAUGCCCAAUACGGCGAGUUUCGUGGGUGAAAGCAUGAGCGUGAUUCAGAUUUCAGAUCCGCCGCUGUCGGAGCAGCAGGCUGAGCUCGUCAACUUUGUCUUUGGCAGCAUUGGCCGUGUGGUGUCGCUGCCGCCAGCGAAUAUGGAUGUGAGUACGGCGCUGUGCGGCAGUGGUCCUGCCUUCUUUGCCCUGAUGCUGGAGGCAGCGACGGAUGGCGCUGUGGCUAUGGGGCUUCCGAGGGCUGAGGCGCAGAUGAUGGCUGCACAGACGAUGAGGGGGACCACGGGGUUGGUGUUGAAUGGAGAGCAUCCUGCCGUGUUGAAGGACAAGGUUUCGACACCUGGUGGCUGCACGAUUGGUGGGUUGAUGAGUCUGGAAGAGGAUGGGGUGAGGGGUGCGGUCGCGAAGGCGAUUAGAGAGGCUACGGUCGUGGCGUCGAGGUUGGGCGGGGAGACGAGAGUGUUUGUGAAUCAUAGACGGUAA